UAUUACAGAAUUUAAAGUAAGAUCAAGUCAAGUCGAUAAGAUUUCUAGUUUGCAUAAUUGAUAAUAAAAAAAUAUAUUUAAAUCAUCAAAAAAUUAUACUAAAUGAAAUAUAAAUAAAAUACAAAGACUCUCUCACUUUUAACAUUCAUUUUAAUCUAAAUUAUUAAGUUAGCUGAUGCUUAAACUAAAGGAUUUAUGAAUUAGCCUGGUGUAAUGCAAUUUGGAUAUAACUAGUUAGCAUACGUUUAAGUGGAUUAAGUUCAAAAUGAAAGUUUUUUAGAAUUCAUUAUCAAUAUUUCAAGUAAUGUCCCAAACUAAUAAUUUAAAGAUUACUGCUUUUUGCUAUUAAUGAGCCCUAAAUUAAUUUAGCAAUAAGAUUUUAUUACUGAUGUGAUAUACAGUUAAAACAAGUUUUCUCCAUUCAUGAGAUUUGUAUAAAAUUACUAGGUUUUAAAUGUUGAUUUUGAAGGUUUAGCUUCUGGUAGCAAAGUUUUAUUCUUAGAUUAUCCAUAGGAUUAAUACAAUAUCUAGCAAACCUUGUAUUAUUAUAUACUUGGCCCUUAUAAGUUCGCAACAUCUGCUCCUAUUUCAUCACCUCUAGGAAGCAAUAAUCUAAUAAAAAGUUUCAAUGGUUCAUUCACAAUUAAAAAUUAGAUGAGUUGCUUAAAUAAUUGCAGCAGUAAUAUUGGAUAGGGCUAAUGCAACAACUCUGAUCCUUUUAAUACCUUUUGUGUAUGCCAAGCUGGUUUCAUUGCAAGAGAUUGUAGUGUAGCAGCCUAAUAAAUUAAUAUAGGUGAUUCUUCUUCUAUGAUAGUAGUCCCUUCUGAAACAAAAGUAUACCUUUAUUUUGAUAUAGACCAAACCAAUUACUCUGUAGGCUAAAUUUUAAUCGUGGAAGCUUCAUUCACUAAUGAUACAGAAGGGUAUAUGAUUUCAAUAUAGCAAGAUAUAGAAAAUUAAAACUAUCUUCCAGACUACUUUCUUUGGCUCGCAGCAAGACUUAAUACUUAAGUCGGUAAAGUAAUAACAAAUAAAAGCUAAUAAUUCAAUUUAGUCGUAACCCCUUAAACUUAAGGAGCAAGAAUAAUUGUUUUGUUUGUAUCUAAUGAUAACACAUAAUUGAAAUUUUAAGUUUAUCCAUUUUCGGGUGGAUCUGGUGGUAGCAGUCUGAUAAUUCUAUACAUAAUUCUAGGUGCUCUUGGUUUCAUAGUGCUUGUUUACAUUAUUUAUAUUGCUCGUCGUUCUAAAAUGAUUAGAAGGUCAAAUUAAUAAAUGGCUUAAAAUUUAGCUAAUUAGGCUAACCUUUAAGCUUAAUAGUAAGGCAGGGGCAGAUAAAAUUAAUAACUGUAAAAGCUUACAAUUGAGCAAUUAAAUGAGUUCAUGCCUACAUAGAGUUUUGAUAAAACUAUGAUGAAAGCACCUUCAAGUGAACUAUGUGCUGUCUGUUUAGAGGAAUUUGUUAUAAACAAAGACUAAGUUAGAGUAACAAUAUGCCAGCAUAUUUUCCAUCAUGAGUGCCUUGAGGAAUGGUUAAAAAAGUAGUAGAACUGCCCAUCAUGCCGUUAAGAGCUGACUCUUUAAAGAUUAAAAGAAUUCAAAUAGAAUCCUAUUAUGUAUUAAAACUUUUAAAAUAUAGCUGUUAAAUCAGGUGCCAUACAUCCAAUCAAUGAUGUUUAACUGCCAGCUGCUUAAAUUAGAAAUGAUGACUAAAUACAGCAAAACUAAAUCUUAAUACAACAACAGUAAUAAGAUAGAGAGGUUCAUGAAGCUCCCCCAAGACUGUAAUAAAAUCAAUAAAUUAUUUAAGGUGAUAAUUUAAUUGAUAGAGUUUUAUAAAAUAAUAAGAUGAUGAAAGGAAAGAACCAUGACAGGGUAUAAGCAAAUUUAGUUUAAGAAGAAGAAGAAAAUCAAAAUAUGAAUGUAAAUAACUAUAAUAUAUUAAAUUAAUAACAAUUAUAAAACAUGUUUAAUCCACUCGAAGACUGUACAAAUGUGAAUAAUUCCUUGGCAGUUCACAAAGCUGCAUAAAAUAUUGAGUAAGACAGAUAAGAAAAUUAAAACAACAAUGAAAAAGAUAAAGAAAGAAAUAUUCAUUUAUGA